AUGGCCACCCGAUCAUAUAUGCCUCUACGCAGCUCGCUGUCACUGUUGUCUGCUCGGAAUGCCCGCCUUGCUGGUGGAAGCGCUAGACUCUCGCUUCGGGGAUAUUCUACCGCGCAGAAAGUACCUCAACCCAAACCUUUCACCGUUUGGCGGCCCUACCUGCGUCUCGCCUUUGGCGUGCCAUUCAUUGGCGCAAUCAUAUACUCAAUGAUGACAGAAGAAGUCACGGAACUGGACUCCCCAUCCAUGGUUGAAGUGGAUGAGGCCCUGAAACAAUCAUCGAAAAUCAACGAGUCCUCGCCGAUGCGUUUACGGAUGGAAAAACUCAUCAAACAGCAUCAGCAAAAGAUUAUCGAGGAACUAGGCAGGAUUGAUGGGCAACAGUUCAAGACUGAUACCUGGUCGCGUCCCAAUGGCGGUGGGGGCGUUUCGUGUGUGCUUCAAGACGGAAAUGUCUUUGAGAAGGCGGGCGUCAACGUUUCUGUGGUGUACGGCAAAUUGCCGCGCCCAGCCAUUGAGAAAAUGCGUGCUGACCACAAGUCCUUUGUUGGUUCGGAUGUAGAUUCGCUGGAUUUCUUCGCCGCCGGCCUCUCGUUGGUCUUGCACCCACACAAUCCCAUGGCUCCAACUGUGCAUCUUAACUACCGAUACUUCGAAACCUCUGAUCCCAAGGAUCCUAUCAACGGGGACAAAAACUGGUGGUUUGGAGGUGGCACGGAUCUGACCCCGACAUACCUCUUCCCAGAGGAUGCUCAGCACUUCCACAAGACCAUUAAGGAUGCAUGCGACCGCCAUGACGCUACAUACUACCCCAAGUUUAAAGCUUGGUGUGACAAGUACUUCUACCUCCCACACCGUGGUGAGUGCCGUGGUGUUGGAGGCAUCUUCUUCGAUGACCUCGACGCCAGCUUCCUUCAAACAUCAGCAGGUUCAUCCUCCAAUCCUCAGGAGACGCUGUUCUCGUUCGUUUCGGAUGGCCUCGCAUCUUUCCUCCCGUCCUAUGUACCCAUCAUUGAGCGACGCAAGGACAUGCUCUACACUCCUGAGCAAAAGGAAUGGCAGCAGCUACGUCGGGGCCGCUACGUGGAGUUCAACCUUGUCUAUGAUCGCGGAACAAGCUUUGGUUUGCGCACUCCAAAUGCGCGUAUUGAAAGCAUCUUGAUGAGUCUGCCGCGCACCGCUAGCUGGGCCUAUAUGGACCCGGUUUCUGGUACGAGGACAGAGAACAUGUCGGUGGGCGAUGAAGACGAGCUAGCGGAGGAUAAAACCAGAGAAAAGGAAAUUAUGGAUGUGCUGCGACACCCUCGGCAAUGGGCAUGA